UCGUUCCAUCGGACGACCGGGCCCUGCGCAGAAGAAGUGCACCGAGAUCGGGAGGCAAGCAGGACGGGCGCUUCUUCCACUCUCGCCACCAUCGUCAUCGCCCCGUGGAUCGGAAGGAGAAGAGAUAGAAGCAUGUCAUCGUCGGACGCGGGACCGUCAUACCGCGCACCGGGCCCGGGCCAGGGCGGGCUCGUGUACUACUCGCAGGGCGCGGGGCCUUCAUCAUCAUCAUCGUCGGCGCCGUCGUCGUCGUCUGCGUCUGCGUCUGCCUCUGCACCGCCACACAUGGGGGGCAUGGACGUGAACAUGGGCCUGGGCAUGGGCUUGGGCAUGGGUGGAGGCGUCGGAGCGGGCAUGGGCAUGGGCAUGGGCACGGGCACGGGCAUGGGCAUGAGCAGCAUGGCGGCCAUGGCCAAUGCGAGCCACAACGAGGAGCUGGCGGCCGAGAUUGCGGCGGCGACGCGGAGCUCGUCGGUGCCGCGCGGCUUUGCGGGCAACAACCACUCGGUGGCAGCCCCCGCAUCGCCGGCGCUGUCGACGUCGUCGCUGCCCUCGCCGAUGCCGCAUCAGCCGCCGCUGCAUCAUCAUCAUCAUCAUCAGCACGCCAUCCACUCUCACGCGCACUCGCACUCGCACCAGCACCAGCACCAGCAUCCGCACCGCAGCCACGCGUCGCUGCCGCCGUCGCCGCUGCAGCACUCGCCGCUCGUGCAGCAGUCGUCGCCCCUCGCGCCGUUCCACCAGCAGCACGCGGGCGCACCACGCCACUCGCCAUCAUCGCUGCAGCAGGGAAGACAGUCGCCGUCUCUGAUGGUCCAACAACAACAUCCACCGUCACAGUUGGAGCAGCUGCAGCAGCAGGAGAGCAGCAACAGCAGCAGUCGCGAAGCAAGCCCCGUCGGCGGCAGUGGUGGACAGGGCAAGAACAGCAGCAGCAGCAGCAUCGCGCGCGUGGCAAAGGCAUGCGUGCCCUGCUCGACAAAGAAGCGGCGCUGCGACGGAGGCAAGCCCGAAUGCAAGGUGUGCCAGGUGCUGGGCACGCCGUGCUCGUACGAGGCGCGCGGCCUCAAGCGCGGCCCGCCCAAGGGCUUCCGCUCGGGCCCCAAGGAGAGCGCAAAGGUGCGCUUGCUGCGCAGCCUCGAGACGACGAUGCGCGACCUCUCGAUGCACCUCGGCACCCACGAGACGGCUCUCGAGAUUGCGCGCGUCGCCCACGACCGCGGCCUUGCGCUUCCUGUCGUUGGCCAGCCGUCUUCUUCUUCUUCUUCGCACAUCACCGUCAAGGCCGAGGCCGAAGACGAGGCCGAGGAUGGCGAUGACUUGGCUGGAUCAUCUGCGUCAGCGUCGGCACUAGCAGCGAGAGGCAGGGAAGAAGGAGCAGCAGCAGCAGCAGUAGCAGCCAGACGCCCCUCGCUCAACGACGACUUCCUCGGCAUCAAUGAGCAGGGCCACGUGCAGCACUUUGGCUCCUCGUCGGGCAUCCACCUCGUCAAGAAGGGCACCCAGCAGCAGGCCCUCUCGUCGUCGUCGACCUCGACGCCUGCCGCGUCGCCUGGUGCCGCCGCCGCUGCUAUCAAUUCACCGUUCCCCACCGACCGCUCGCCCGGGCAGCUGCAGGCGCACCAGUCGCCGCAGUCGCAGCAGUCUCAGCAGGCGCAGCAGUCGCAGCAGGCGCAGUCGCAGCAUGUACAGCAGCAGCAGGGAGGACAGGGAGCACAGGGAGGACAGCUCGCCGCACUCAGCGCGCAGGCCAACCGGGAGCUGCUGCAGGCCUACUUUGCCGGCUUCCACACCUUCUGGCCCGUGCUGUACAAGCCCGCGCUCGACGACAUGCCCGCCGACGAGGUGCCCCUCACCCUCGACCCGGCGCUGCUGCAUGCCGUGUAUGCGAUUGCAGCCUGCGUCGCGCCCGCCAGCCUCGUGCGCCGCCUCGAGGCCGAGCUGCUCCUCGUCGGUGCUCCCUCCCCUGGCUCAAACAACGACAGCAGCCAGUCCUCCCCCGGCGCACUCCUCUACCGCCGUGCCGAGGCGCACCUCUUUGGCGACUGCCGGCCGCCCGUGGCGUCGGUGUCCAACGUCCAGACGUGCUUCCUCCUCGCGCUCUACAACCAGGGCACCGGCGACCUCUCGCGCGCCUGGCUCCACUCCAACCUCGCCAACGCCAUGGCCUUCGACCUCGGCCUGCACCGCUUCAACGUGCACCGCCUCGACCGGUUCCAGAACCGCGUCGAGCGCGAGACGCGCGUGAGGCUCAUCCACUCCGUCUACAUCCUCUCGACGAUGCUCAGCGCCGAGAUGGGCCGGCCGCCGACGAUGCGGGCGCGCGACAUCGAUGCGCCCCUGCCGAGCGAGGACGAGCGCGACGAGGCCGACGAGCAUGCCGUGUCGUGCAUCAACUGGGGCGUGCGCCUCUUUACUAUCGUCGAGACGCUCCUGUCCCAGGUCCACUCGUUCCGGCGCAAGGCCGCGCUGCGCAGGCAGGGCCACGCGCGCCAGGUCCUCGAGGACAUCGACGCCCAGCUCGUCGACUGGCACAAGAAGCUGCCCGCCCACCUCGCCCUGCCGCCGCCGCCGCGCGAGGCUGGGGGGCCAGCAUCAGGGGCAGAAUCAAGACCAGAGUCAGGAACAGGAGCUGGAGCAGGGGCAGCAGCGGGAGCAGAGGCAGCGGCAGCAAGUGCCGCCGCGGCAAACGUCGUCGCGCUCCAUCUCUGGUACCACACCGCACGGCUCCUCCUCCACCGGCCCUUUAUCCCCCAGGACGAGGGCCUGUCGCUGGGCCAGGUGCUGGCCAACGAGUCGCACAAGGCCGCCACCCAGGCCGCCAAUGCCAUCUUUGAUCUCGUCAAGAGCACCGCCAGCGUCGACGGCCUCUCGACCGACCUGGCCUACUGCCUCUUUACCGCCGCCGUCAUGUUUGUCUUUAAUGCCCGCCUCGCGGCGCAGUCCGACGUGGCAAAGCAGGCCCGCGAGCGCUUCACUGCGUGUAAAGAGUGGCUCCGCAGCCUCGCUCAGCGCUGGCCUGCCGCCAGUGCGCGCCGCCAGCUCCUCGACGGCUUCAGCGAGGUCGGUAAUGGCUUCCUCGACCGCGCGCCUGGCCAGGCCCAGGGCGAGUCUCAGUCUCAGUCUCAACCCCAGGCUCAGGGGCAGGCCCAGGCCCAGGCUCAGUCGCAGCCCCCGUCGCAGCCUCAGUCGCAAGCCCAGUCGCAGCCUCAGCCUCAGUCGCAGUCGCAGCCGCAGCCCCAGUCGCAGCCUCAGCUUCAGUCUCUGCAGCAGCAGCAGCAGGCGGCGCAUACACAGCAGCAGCAGACGGCGCCUCCCACGCUGGCAGCAAUCAACGACCAGUGGCAGAUGAUGCACACGACGACGCCCUGGCAGCACCCCUUUCCCUUCACGCCCUCGCCCUCGGCCUCGUCGUCGUCGGCGGCGGCCAAUGCCGGCGCACCGCGGCAGGAGAUGCUGCAGUACCUGCACGACAACAGCGCCAACAACUCCAACUUUGCGUACAAUGCCACCAGCUUUGGCUUUGCACCCGGCAUCUUUGAUGUCGAGGGCGUCUACUGGAACGAGACGAUGAACAACCGCCAGUACCAGCCGCAGCCGCAGCAGCAGCAGCAGGCCAUUCCUCCUACAGCGGCUCGUCCGGGGCCACCGCAGGCGCAGCACACGCUCCUGCAGCAACCGCAGCAGCAGCAGCAGCAGCAGCAGCAGCAGAGCUUCAGCUCGCCUCCGCAGCGAGACAACCUCGCGAUGCUCGCCCACGUCACCUCGCACCACCCUCCUCCUGCGCCGAUGGUCCCCCAGCAGCAGCAGCAGCAGCAGCAGCAGCAGCCGCGCCUGUCGCAGCAGAUGAAUGCACCGCCAGCAACAGGCCAGCAGCCGCUGCCACAGACGUCGCCCCUCAGCUUCCAGGCCGAGGUGGGCCACCCGCAGUGGGGCGACCUCAUCAACAUGCUUCAGCUGCCCCCUUCGUUCAUGCAGUGAACCACCGCCGUCCGACCUGAACCCAUGUAGCAUGUAUCUCUAUCUUUCUACUCUCUCUCUUUCUCUCUCUCUCUCUGUCUCGCUCUCUUGCCGCGUCUCUCGCGCACGCAUUGUAGAACUCUAUAUCGGAAGACACGACGGGUCCCUCUAAUCCUACAUCAAUUCCACU